AUGAAGUCUGCAUUUGGAUCAAAGCGGAAAGCCCGGAAAAUCCAGGUGGAUGAAGAGGAAGACGGGGAGGCAAGUGGAAGUCAGGCAACUGAAAAUACUGAUACAGCUACGAACCUGGCUGAUAGUGAAAAGCCAGCUGACGGAGUAAUUAUAGCCCCUACCGAAUCUUCUACCCCCUCGAAUCCAGUCAAGAAAGGCUUCAAGAAAUCCUCGUUGCGACAGAGCAUUGCGUUUGACGAUCUACAACAAGACGAGAACGAGGGAGACAAGGCACCGGUGAACAAACCUACCAUAGGGCGAUCAAGCUCACUGAUCAAGAAGAAAAAGAAGGCAGCGUCCUCGCGGCUUUCUUUUGGGCCAGGCGAGAUCAUUUCUGGAGAUGCUGCGGAAGCGCUGGAAGACGACGAGACGUUCACGCCUAAGAAGCCAACAUUGGGGCGCAGGGUUAUCGAGGGCAAUGCAUUCCGGAAGAGUCUACCAAUACCCAUACGAAAUAAUGAAGAUGACGAGGAACGGCCAACUUAUAGCAAGGAUUACUUAAAUGAGCUGAAGAGUUCUACACCUACUACUCCGAAAGAUUUACAGGCAAUACAAGCUACUGCUGAGGAUGAAGAGGGUCUGGAUGCGUCAGAGCUGGACGGAGCUAUGGUUGUGGAGACUUCUGGGCCUGCACAUAUACCAACGGAAGCCGAAAUUAGAGAAAAGAAGGAGCGAAGGGCACGGUUAGCUCACGAGAAAGACUUUAUAUCAUUUAACGACGACGAUGGAGAUGAUCAACGGCAGCUCUCACUUUUACCACGGAAGAAGGAGAAAGAAACUCGAUUGGUGAGGGAAGAUGAGGAUCUAGGUGAAGGUUUCGAAGAGUUCGUGGAUGAUGGACGGAUCUCACUGGGCAAAAAGCAAGAAAGAGAGGCUAGGAAGCGUCAACGCAAAGAGAUGGCUGAUAUGAUCAAACUAGCGGAGAAUAACUCGGAUGAUGAUUCAGACGACUCCGAAGCUGAGCGAAGAGCAGAGUAUGAAGCUGCUCAAACACGUGCAGGCAUGGAUGGUCUUCACAAGCACGAUGAUGAUGCAGAAGCUGUCGCCACUACUCAAGUCCCGUCUAAGAUCACUCCUUUACCAGCUUUAUCCGAAUGUUUAGAGAUAUUACAAGCAACUUUGAGCACCAUGCAGCAGGAAUUGGCGCAGAAGCAUAAGAAAGUGGCGGAUUUGGAGAAGGAGAAACUUGAGAUUGUUGCAAGGGAAGGGGAAGUUCAAGACUUGUUAAAGCAGUCUGGGGAGAGAUUUGCAGCGUUGAAAGCAGACUCUAAUGGCGCUGUUGCCAAUCCACAAGAGUUGGUCGAUGGUGUACAAAAUGGCAUGAUGCCAGGCCUGGUCGCAGAUAGGGGAUUGGAGAGUUUUGGCAACACUCCGACUAUUAGACCAGGUGUUGAGGAUGUGGGUUAG